UGAUUUAAGAAAGUUUAGAUGUAGAACGAAAUUUAGCGCUUGGAGGGGGAAAUUUGCAGACUAAGGAAUGGGGGACGACGGUGGUCAGUGCGGCUACCCGGUUAUGCCGAGUGGCAGUGAUAUUAGGGCCCGUCUGCAACAGUUUGUGGAGGAGAGGAUGCAAACCACCAUGCUGACAGGUGUUUUGAUCGGGGCAGUGGUGGCGGUCUCCUUGAUUGGCAUCUCUGUUCUGUUCCUCUACCGCAGAUACAAACUAUCGAGUGGACAGCAGGCAGGUGUUCCGCGAUAUCGAUUCAGAAAGAGAGACAAAGUGCUCUUCUAUGGCAGGAAGAUUAUGAGAAAGGUCCAAACCCUGUCCUCUACUCCAACCUCAUCCUACUCAUCAGUUUCGAAACAGCGGCCAAGAAAGAGAACCAAAGUUCUGAGCAUAGCACGCAGGAUAUUGCGGAUAAGGAAAGAGCCACCAACCCUGCAGCCUAAAGAGCCCCCGCCCUCACUGCUGGAGGCAGACCUGACAGAGUUUGAUGUACAGAAUUCCAACCUGCCCUCCGAGGUGCUCUACAUGCUGAAGAAUGUCAGAGUUCUUGGUCAUUUCGAGAAGCCGCUGUUUCUGGAGCUGUGUCGUCACAUGGUAUUUGUGGAGCUACAGGAAGGAGAGGGGCUGUUCCGCCCAGGCGAUGACGAUGACAGCAUUUACGUUGUUCAGGAUGGACGCUUGGAGCUCUGCAUCCAUGAAAAUGAUGGCACAGAUCCCGUUGUAAAGGAUGUUCUUCCAGGAGACAGUGUACACAGUCUGCUCAGCAUUCUAGACAUCAUCACAGGUUAUCCUGCUCCUUAUAAGACAGUGUCAGCUCGAGCAGCAGCCCGCUCAACCAUACUGCGUCUUCCAGCAUCCGCCUUUCAGUCAGUCUUUGAGAAGUACCCAGAGACUCUGGUUAGGGUAAUACAGAUUAUCAUGGUGCGACUGCAAAGGGUCACCUUCCUCGCCUUGCACAACUACUUGGGCUUAACUACUGAGCUCUUUAAUCCGGAAAGGCAGGCGGUUCCUUUGACAGCAGUUGCGAGCGUUUUGGUUGAGAGCAGUCCAACCAAAGGCCUGCGUCGACCACAUUUUCACACAUCUGGAGACGACGGUCAUGCCCAGACUACCGCUGAACAGCAUUCAGACUCAGAUGGCGGCAAAGCCAGCGCGUCUGAGAAUCCUUCGCAUGCCCUCAGAAAAGCCCGUUCCAUCUCUGUGCCUGCUGAUGUUACAGGAUUGAGCGGGAAUGACCUGAAUAUGGCGUAUGAGAGAGCCAGGGUGACCAUAGAUGAGCCUCCAUCCAGUCCUGUCAUUCAUAAGUCCAUUCUGAAGAAGAGUGUGACGAUGCAGCACACUCCCUCUGCCGUAUUUCACUACACAGACGGAGGAGGGCAUUCGGAUGUCAACCCCAGCAAAGUAGGGGCCAUAUUCCAGGCAGCCAAGAAGGAUCUAUUGGGGAUUAUCCAACUCCAGGACCCCAGUCUGCUGGAAGGGAGAGUGACUCUUCAUCAAGUGAAGGCCGGCUCUGUGGUGGCUCACCAGGGAGACCAGGAAGUGAGUGUGCAGUUUGUGAUCACCGGCAUGCUGCAUGUGUACCAGCGUAUGAUUGACAGAGAAGAGGAAACGUGUCUGUUUGUGACCCACCCAGGGGAGUUGGUGGGACAGUUGGCAGUGCUGACUGGAGAACCACUCAUCUUUACUGUGCGCGCUCAUCGUGACUGCAGCUUCCUCUCCAUCUCCAAAACACACUUCUAUGAAAUCAUGCGUGCGGAGCCAACCGUGGUGUUGAACGUGGCCCAUACUGUAGUGCGCAGGAUGUCUUCAUUCGUCAGGCAGAUUGACUUUGCUCUGGACUGGAUGGCUGUGGAGGCAGGACGUGCUGUCUACAGACAGGGCGAUAAGUCCGACAGCACAUUUAUAGUGCUGAGCGGACGCCUGCGUUCCGUCAUUAUGAAAGAGGACGGUAAGAAGGAGCUGACAGGAGAGUACGGCCGGGGAGACCUCAUAGGAGUGGUGGAGGCUCUAACCCAUCAGAACAGGGCUACGACUGUGCAUGCGGUGCGGGAUUCUGAACUGGCCAAACUCCCCGAGGGAGCUCUCAGUUCUAUCAAGAGAAAGUUUCCCCAGGUGGUCACACGGCUUAUUCACCUGCUUGGCCAGAAGAUCUUACAGCAAGUCAAUGGGCCUCUGACAGCACGCAGUUUGGCCCUUCACACCCCGGGCAGUAAAUGGGAUGCUGGGAAUCCCGCCUCAAACCUGUCCACUGUCACCGUACUUCCUGUGUCAGAGGAAGUCCCCCUGACCGCAUUCACUCUGGAGUUACAGCAUGCUCUCAUCUCCAUCGGUCCUACUCUUCUCCUCACCAGUGACAUAAUCAAACAGCGCCUGGGAUCGGCGGCAUUGGACAGUGUUCAUGAGUACAGGCUGUCCAGUUGGCUGGGGCAGCAGGAGGACAUCCACCGCAUCGUUCUCUACCAGACCGACAGCACUCUCACGCCCUGGACCCAGCGCUGUAUCCGUCAGGCCGACUGCAUCAUUAUCGUGGGCCUGGGAGAGCAAGACCCUACUGUGGGAGAGCUGGAGAGGAUGUUGGAGGGCAGUGCAGUGAGGGCACAGAAGCAGCUGGUGUUGCUGCACAGGGAGGAUGGGCCGCCGCCCAAGGGAACAGUGGAGUGGUUGAACAUGCGCAGCUGGAUCUCCAGACACCUGCACCUGUCCUGUCCACGCAGGGUCUUCUCCAAAAGGAGCCUUCCCAAACUGAGGGAGAUGUACCAGAGAGUGUUCCAGAAGCCGGCAGACCGUCACUCGGACUUCUCCCGGUUGGCCCGUGUCCUGACGGGCAAUGCCAUCGCCCUGGUGUUGGGGGGAGGAGGGGCCAGAGGCUGUUCUCAGGUGGGGAUAUUGCGUGCUCUGAUUGAGGCUGGUAUCCCUGUAGACCUGAUUGGAGGCACAUCCAUAGGCUCUUUGAUGGGAGCUCUGUAUGCUGAAGACCGCAGCCACAGCAGGAUGAGGAUUAGAGCCAGAGAGUGGGCCAUGGAGAUGACUUCAGUAUUUAAGAAGGUAUUGGACCUGACUUACCCCAUCACGUCCAUGUUUUCUGGAGCCGCCUUCAACUCCAGUAUCAACGCCGUGUUUAAGAGCAAGCAAAUAGAGGAUCUGUGGAUCCCCUAUUUUAACAUCACCACAGACAUAACUGCCUCCACCAUGAGAGUACACACAGAUGGGUCUUUAUGGAGAUAUGUUCGUGCCAGCAUGUCCCUCUCCGGCUACCUUCCCCCACUCUGCGAUCCCAAAGAUGGACAUCUGCUCAUGGACGGUGGCUACAUCAACAACUUACCAGCUGAUGUGGCACGCUCCAUGGGUGCCAAGGUGGUCAUAGCCAUAGACGUUGGUAGCCAGGAUGAGACUAACCUCACAAACUACGGGGACGCCCUCUCUGGCUGGUGGCUUCUGUGGAAACGCCUCAACCCCCUAGCAGAGAAAGUAAAGGUGCUGAAUAUGGCAGAGAUCCAAACUCGACUAGCUUACGUGUGCUGUGUGAGACAGCUGGAAUCUGUCAAGAGCAAUGAUUACUGCGAAUACAUAAGACCACCCAUAGAUCGAUACCGCACGCUGGAGUUCGGCAAGUUCGACGAGAUUGCCGAGGUGGGUUAUCAGCACGGGAAGACCGUCUUUGACGUGUGGUGCAGAAGUGGAGUGAUUGAGAAGAUGCUGAAAGACAGACAUCAAGAGGAAUUCCACAACACACAGAGCAACAAUGUAGUGACCUGUCCAAAUGCUUCUUUCACCGACCUGGCAGAGAUCGUCUCUCGCAUCGAGCCGGUCAAACAAGCCCUCGUAGACGAGGAGUCAGACUAUCACACAGACUAUGAGGAGGAUCUGGUGGAGAGUGCUCUCUCAGAUGUGGAACUGUCUAAUCACUGUGGUGAACAUGUGGAGGAGGACCUGACAGCAGACACGGACGAAGAAGUGGAGAGGGAACACAGGCAGCGGGGUCACCCCGGCGACGUGGAGGCUGUAACCCCAAUAUACUCUCAGCCCACACCACCCCUCGACCCUCCCAGUCCUGCCGAAACCCCGACGCUGCGUGUCAGAAACGUACGUGGAAACCAUCAUCUGGCCCCCAACUCGACCCAAACCCACUGA